AUGCCUCUUCUCACAAAUCCAUCUCGUCCAAAGCCUCCAAGAUACUACAAACAGCGCCAGGCUGCCCAUCGCAACUCGGAAUCCACCCUGAGAGAUGAGCCAGACGAGGCCCUCUUUGAAGAUGACAUGGACGCCAGCUACGCACCUCCUGUCCCACCAAAACUCGACAUGUCCUACACCCACAAGGACGUACAACAGCCAGAGCCCGUCCAGCUCUCACGACGAGCCACCUUUCGCGGCGUCCCCCCCUCGCCCAUCCGGCCCUCGACGUCUAAUCGCUGGAAGGCCGCAGUCGGUCGUAUUCUCAUGCUCAAGCGUACACCUACCAAACCACGUCAUCUCACCCCGCCACCCGUCUCCCCUGCCUCGAGCCGCAUGCCCUCGUUUUAUACCCCCCAGGGCGAAGGAGAAGAGUCUCGUAUGCACAGAUCCGCCGUCACAUUGCUCACCUCUGCCUCGUCAACCCAGAAUGGGCACGACGAUCCCUAUGGGGGCGACGACGACGACAAUGUGACCGAUAUCAUGGGGGCAGCCAGUGUCGCAGAGAGAAACCCCGUGACACCCAUCACACUCCGGCAGGCAUCUCCGAUCGACUAUCUAGAGCCAAUCUCUUCAGUCCUCCAGCGAGCCACGCCCUCACCCGUUACGCCGGUCAUCUACACCCCUAUAUCCCCCAUUUACCGGUCCGCCUCUGCCACGCCACUCCGCAACACCACUCCAUCCUCGUCCGCAUCUCGAAUGCGUAAGCAAUCUACAAAGACGUUGCCACGUCCGAUCCCUACCCCGUCCCCACCACCCUUUGUCUGGCCGUCCCCACAAUUGAUCGUCGCCAAUCCCACACCUACAUCAACACCUCCUCCACCGCCUAUUCAGAUCAAAAAGGCGACAAUGCCUCGUGCAAUUAAUGGGGCUGCUCCUGCUAUUCGAGGACGUCCGAGGGCGAAUACCGUCGACGCUCUCCCGCCCAUGACAGCUCCGCAGAAAAAGGCUGGUCCACGCAUCUUGCAGGCCCAGCUUCCUGCACCCGUCGCACCAGACCCAAAGAACCACGUCUUUAUCGGUCCCUGGCAUGAUAGAAAGGGCAGAGAGUGGCUCGGUCUCAGUGCGACUCCUGGAGAGUACAAGGUCAAGGAGCCCAAGCCCGGACAAGAGUAUGAUCCAAAGUACAUCAACUAUCCAGACGAGCCCGAUCUCUUUAUGAACGAACGCGGGGAUGUUAUGAACGCCAAGACGUUGAAAAUGGUCGCAAAGGCCGCACGUCUGGGUUAA